GCGAGCGAAUCGGUCUUAUUGGCUGCGUUAAUUAUUAAUUUUUUUUUAAAAAAAAAGACAUGGAAAUGGCUCUUCGCCUCUCCCACUCUCUUCGUCUCCCUCGCUCCUCCCCACCCCCCAUUAAUCCCACUCGAAGCUCCCCGAAGCUUCUCGUAACCCUACGAUGCUCCGCGGAGCACCACGGCACCCUCGUCUCCGACGACGCUACCAAGCUUGUGUUGGAAGUGAAAGAAAAACUUGCCAGAGAGCAUCCAGACCUCCCAACUGGAAAAUACGGAAGAGAUGAUGAAGAAACGAUUGCCUGGUUCUUGAAGGAUCGGAAGUUUUCCGUGGAAGAUACUGUUUCGAAAAUGAGCAAAGCCAUCAAAUGGCGUGAGGAAUUUGGUGUCUCGAGACUGACCGAAGAGUCGGUGAGGGACGCGUAUGAAACGGGCAAAUCUUAUGUGCACGACUUUCUAGAUGUCAAUGGUAGGCCAGUUUUAGUGGUUGUGGCAUCGAAGCAUUUCCCUUCAAGGCAGGAUCGUGUGGAGGACGAAAAACUGUGUGUCUUCUUGGUUGAGAAGGCAUUAAGUAAGCUUCCUCCUGGGGUAGAUCAUAUUCUUGUAAUUGUCAACCUUCGAGGCUUGCGUGCAGAGAAUGCGGAUUUCAUGUUCUUAAAGUUUUUGGUCGACGUUUUCUACUACUACUACCCUAAGCGGCUUGGCCAAGUACUUCUCGUGGAUCCACCUUUCAUAUUUCAGUCGAUGUGGCAGAUCGUGAAACCUUUGAUGAGAUCAUAUGCUUUCCUGGUGAGAUUCUGCGAUGCGGAGACGGUGAGAAACGAAUACUUCACAGAAGAGACAGUGCCGGUUGAUUUCAGAAACUAAUUCCCUGCUACGACGCGACGGACCACGAAACCGAUAAAUAGUCCAUGCGGCAGAUUUUCUCAUAACAUCUAUUUAUGUAUGGCGACUAUUAUUAUUCUAUUCGAAAGCUUAAUUGCUGUCAUAUCGACGAAAGUCGCUAAUGUGCCUCUGUAAACAAGCUCAGCAAUGAAAGAUGGCGAAGAUUUUGUCCUUUCAUUUAUUUAA